AUGGCAGAAUCAUCGACAGCUGAUUAUAUAUUUAAAAUAGUUUUAACUGGUGAUUCCGGUGUUGGAAAAUCAAAUUUAUUAUCACGUUUUACUCGUAAUGAAUUUUCACUUGAAAGUCGUUCAACAAUCGGUGUAGAAUUUUCUACGAAAGAAGUACAAGUUGAUGGAAAAACAAUUAAAGUACAAAUAUGGGAUACUGCUGGUCAAGAACGAUUUAUGGCAAUAACAAAAGCAUAUUAUCGAAAUGCAUUAGGUGCUCUUGUUGUUUUUGAUAUUCUUAAAGCAUCAACAUUCCAAAAUCUUGAUCAAUGGUACAAUGAAGUACGAGCUAAUGCUGGUAUUGAUUGUUGUAUUAUCUUAGUAGGAAAUAAAUCAGAUCAACGACAUAUACGUGCUGUUCUUUAUGAUGAUGCUAAAAGUUAUGCAGAUGCAAGAAAUAUUCAAUAUAUUGAAACAUCAGCAUUAGAUGCAACAAAUGUUGAACAAGCAUUUCGAACACUUAUUGCUGAUAUAUAUCGUCAUUGGGCAGCUCGAAUGGAUUCAAUGAAAGAAGACACAAAAAUAAAUCAACAAGGUACUUCUCAAAUAAUUCAACCAGGAUAUCGGACAACUCAACCUCCACAAAAUACGAAUUCAUGUUGUGGAAGUUAUUGA